AUGCAGCUAUACUCCUGGCUUGCUACAAUGCAACUUAAUGAAUUGAUAACCAUUCGGAAGAUCUUCGUAUUGUUCCAAAUGUUCUACCUUGUCUGUGGAGGUAAAUCGUCACAAUUCACCAGACGUUUACAGAAAAGCCAUGAGACUUAUCCAGACAGUACCAACGACAGCCUGUUAAUUCCUAAUGUGACAUCAAUGCCCAAAUGUGCAGUCCUUUGUCACAGGGCCGACUGUGAGGCGUUUGAUUUUGAUUCUGACCGAUCAACAUGUAGAUUCCUUUCCUACAACAGCCAGCCUGGCAAAUCGUUCUUUAUCAAUACUGAUGUUGAAUCUUGUCAGAGUCUUCCAGCAGGAAAUCCUUCCGGUGUUUACAAUAUUAAGAUCAGUCAACAGUUAAAGAAAAGAGUAUUCUGUGAAAUGGAAUCUGCCGGUGGAGGAUGGACUGUCCUACAAAACCGAUUUGACGGGAGCCAGAACUUUAAUUUGAAAUGGGACGACUACAAAAACGGUUUUGGGACACCACACGGGGAAUACUGGAUUGGAAACGAGAAUAUACACUGCUUGACCUCCUCACAACCGUAUACACUUCGUAUAGAGUUAAGUCAGGUGUCUGGCCAACAAGGACAUGCCGAGUAUGAGACUUUUACUGUUUCCUCUGAGAAAGACUUCUACCGUUUGGAAAUAUCUGGAUUUAGCGGAAACAUUCCCGACUCCUUUCGAACCCAUCACAAUUCUAAUUUUUCUACACCAGACAAAGACUACGACAAACGCCCACCUGUGCAUUGUGCAUCUAGUUUUAAAGGUGGUUGGUGGUUUUCUACUUGUUUUGAAGCAUACUUAAAUGGUGUGUAUGGCGCAGGGUUCAUAACCUCCUCGAUCAACUGGAAGUAUUUCCCCACAAGAGACAGAGUUGGUCUGAAAACAUCACGUAUGAUGAUACGUCCACAUCCAGAAGUUUCGUCCAGUGCGAGUGUCGAGUAUGGUGAUUCGUCAGGUGGGAGCAGUGGAAGCGAUGGCAGUUCAGGGUGAAACAAAGUAUGGUUAUACGUCCAGUGUGAGCACAGAGUAUUGUGAU